AUGAGCAUAGCCGAACUAGGUAAUUAUGCUGAAGAAUUGGUUAAAAAUUUGAAAGAUGCAAAGGCCCGUGAUCACUCACGAAAUCGAAUCCAGAAAUUAGGAUUUAGUAAAGAUCAAACAUACAAUGAAGAUAAUCUUGAGCCUGAAGAGAUAAAUGAAUUGGCUCAAGAUAUAUAUGACCCAGACAUUAGUGAUGCAUCAAAUAAAGAACAAGCGAUAAGGCAGGAGCUUUGUGAGGAUAAGGGGUUCGAAUGUCCCGAAUUCUUUUACCUGGAAAAUGUCCAAAAAAGACUUAAGGAUUGUAACACUACCAAUCUUCCCAUAAUGCAGAAUUUAAUGGAUAUAAUGAUAAUAAGAAAUACAACUGACUCUAAAUACGCGGAAUAUAGGCCCCCUUCGGGGAGAAAAUAUGAUAUAAUUAAUAAUACAAUUAGUGAAGUAAAUGCGGAUCAAGUUCAAUCUUUUCCCAUCGGAAAGUUAUUCAUGCGUGACAAGCGUGACGAUAAUGACGAACCAUUUUUUUGCACCGCCAGUGUAAUCAAUACUGAAAACGGGAAUAUUGGACUUACUGCAGCGCAUUGUCUUUAUAAUCCUAUAACUCAAAAUCCUUUUCAUGAUAUAAUGUUUUCUCCUGGAUAUGAUCAUGGACAACCUGGUCCACUUAAUCUAAUUCCUGUCGAUGAGGCGAUAAAAGCAAAUGCUUUUGAUUGGGCCAUUUUGAGGUUUGGAUUUAACAAGGAUGGCCAACCAUUGCAAGAUUUUACGGGAUCUCUCGGUUUGUCGUUCAAUGUAGGAGAUUAUUUUGCAACAACCAUUCUCGGUUAUCCGGAUGGAGGAGAAGCAGAUUUGGCAAAUGAUUAUUAUGUCAUGCAUGAUUUAGAUUUAGGGCCUGGUGCAAGCGGAUCUCCUUGUUUAAUGUUUCAUAAUUCAAAUACGAAUUUGGGUUGGAUGUAUAGUAAUUACGCUUAUUUUGAUGACGAACAACAGGACGGUCUUGCACCUAUUUACAAUUCAACAGAAUUCCAA